GUAACAAACUGUCGAACACUGAAGCGAAGGAGAACGAAGGAAGAUAUUGAUUUCAUCAGAGAGAGAGAGAGAGAGAGAGAGAGAGAGAGAGAGAGUCUGAUAGUAGUGAAAAAGAACAAACAAGCAUAUACCCCCCCAUUCAAUUGAAGACUGCAUUCAAUUCAGUACACUUGUUUUUUCUCUCUCUGGAACGACUAGUCUGAGACUUUGUGACAGUGACUCAGACAUGGGUUGUUGUCAAUCGUUGUUGCCCGCAGAGACAAACCCAGAAGCCAUGGACCACCACCAUACACCAAACCCACCACCACUCUUCAGCCGACCCACCACGACGGCCGGCGGAGUUCUGUCCUUCUCGGAGUUCUCUUUCUCCGACCUUAAAACGGCCACCAACAACUUCAGAACAGACUACAUCGUCUCCGAAAGUGGCGAAAACGCACCCAAUAUCGUCUACAAGGGCCGCCUACAGAACCGCCGGUGGAUCGCCGUCAAGCAAUUCACGAAAUUGGCCUGGCCUGAUCCCAGGCAAUUUGCGGAAGAGGCUAUGGGUGUUGGAAAGUUGCGGCAUCGAAGACUUGCAAAUUUGAUUGGCUAUUGCGCUGAUGGUGAUCAGAGAUUGCUUGUUGCUGAGUACAUGCCUAACCAUACUCUUACUAAGCAUCUAUUUCACUGGGAAAAUCAGACAAUUGAGUGGGCACUGCGUUUGAGAGUAGCACUUUAUAUUGCUGAAGCCUUAGACUAUUGCAGCUCUGAAGGUCAUCCAUUGUACCACGAUCUGAAUGCUUAUAGGGUUCUCUUUGAUGAGGAUGGUGAUCCACGGCUUUCAUGUUUUGGUUUAAUGAAAAAUAGUAGCAAUGGGAAAAGCUAUAGCACAAAUCUUGCCUACACACCUCCAGAAUAUCAACGGAAUGGUGAUUUUUCUCUACAUUCAAUUGUUAAUCAUGUGUGCCGCUUUUGUUUUACGGGAAGCAUCAGCCCUGAAAGUGUUAUAUAUAGCUUUGGCACUGUACUUUUGGAUCUACUAAGUGGAAAUCACAUCCCUCCUAGCCAUGCCCUUGAUAUCAUACGCAACAAUAACAUUAUUCAGUUAAUGGAUUCACAUAUGGAGGGAAAAUUUUCUACAGAAGCAACAACAGCAGUUAUUGGUCUUGCCUCACAAUGUUUGCAACAUGAACCUAGAAAGCGGCCUAGUACGAAGGACCUUGUUGCGACACUUACUCCACUGCAAACAAAAUCUGAUGUUCCUUCAAAUGUCAUGCUUGGGAUUUCAAAGCAUGAGGAAGCCCCUCCAACCGUUCAGCGGACUCUUUCACCAAUAGGUGAUGCCUGCUCACGGAGGGACCUCACAGCAAUCCAUGAAAUAUUGGUUAUGGCACACUACCGGGAUGAUGAAGGAACCAAUGAGUUAUCUUUCCAAGAGUGGACGCAACAAAUGAGAGAUUUACUCGAGGCAAGGAAGCGUGGGGACUUUGCAUUUCGUGACAAGGAUUUUAAAACUGCCAUCAAUUUUUAUUCUCAGUUCAUCAAUGUGGGAACCAUGGUCUCCCCAACUGUUUAUGCGCGGCGAAGCCUGUGUUAUCUGCUAUGUGAUCAGCCUGAUGCUGCUCUUCGAGAUGCAAUGCAAGCACAAAUUGUGUACCCUGACUGGCCAGUGGCCUUUUACAUGCAAUCAGUUGCCCUUGCCAAGCUAGACAUGCAUCAGGAUGCCGCUGACAUGUUGAAUGAAGCUGCUGGACUUGAAGAGAAGAAGCAAAAGAGUGGGGGACUAUCAUGAGAAUCAACCUAUGUAAACAUGAAUAAAGCAAUUCACCACACCUAUUCUUAUUUUAUUUUUAUUUUUAUUAUCUAACACAUCCAUCCACGAUUGUAAAAUUUGAGUAGGGAAUUGAAGUUGUCUUCUCGGUUGCAAAUGUGUUCAUAGAGAAACAUGUAAUCUUUAGCAUUUAACACAAGUUUGUUUUGUACCUAUGCAAAAUAAAUAUAUCAUUGCAGGUC